CCAGGGGAUGAAAUCGCUAUCAAUACAGCGACUGUCUAGACGUGUCAGGUGAUGAUACUUACGGGCCGCUAAACAGGACGUUCUCUGUGACUAUGCCGAUAAAUCAAACCAUCACUAGUUCCGUGCGUUACCAACCCAAAACCACUAUGGAAGCACAGCCGCUACCGGAUUCGCCAAUGAAUGAUGCAGUCAAUCAAUCUAAGGAUAGCGAGGAUAACGAACCAGGGUCGCUACCACACAUAACCAUUCCUGGAUCUAACCAAGAUUCUGACUCAUCACCCACUGCAUCCAUUUCACCAGGAAUCGCAACCCGUGCCUUAGGACCUUGUGCAGAAUGUGGUUUACGUAUCAAUCAACUCAGCGAUGCCUGUCACGCACUGGGAUAUUUGUAUCACAACGCCUGUUUUGUUUGUUGUUAUUGCCAACGCACAUUGUCUGGAAAAGUGUUUUACAAGGACCAAGAAAAGAUUUACUGUGAAGAGGACUAUUUGUACUGCGGAUUUCAGCAAGUGGCUGAGAAAUGCUGUGCAUGUGGACACCUUAUUUCUGAAAGGAUCUUGCAAGCCAUGGGCAACUCGUAUCAUCCUGGAUGUUUCAACUGCUCCGUGUGCACCAAAUGCCUGGACGGCGUUCCUUUUACUGUGGAUUCGAACAAUCUUCUUUACUGCCUUCCGGAUUACCAUCUCGUACACGCCCCUCAGUGUGGUGCUUGUGGAUACAUGAUUGUGCCUGAUGGUGCCUCAAACGAAGUUUUACGUGUUGCGGCUUUGGACAAGGAAUUCCACUUGGAUUGUUAUCGCUGUUGUGACUGUAAAAAGCUUCUCGGGGAUGAAAUCGAGAAGCGGUGCUAUCCAAUGAUCGAACCAGACCCGAAUGUCCCGGAAAGGAUGAUCCAUCGUUUGCUUUGUCUUAAUUGUCAUCUGAACCGGAUUGGUGCCGUACCCGCGACGACCGCGAGUUCAUUAUCCCUCAACCACAAACCAAUCACCAGCUCAAUGAAUUCGCCUUUCCGCCUCUUUACAGCAUCAUCGGAUUAUCAAUGACCCAUCGGUUGAGUUUAUUGAGAAUUCAGUCGAGUUCAAUCGCAUCACUAGUGCGGUUUCUGUCAGUGAAAACUACACAUAUUUUUUUGAAUCUUUCCCGAAAGUUAGCAGUAACGAACCACUGUUUUAUCAAACUCUCCAGCGCCAACUUGUACUCUAUACGAUUCUUU